AUGGAAGCUGUUAAGUUGGUAUCUAGUGAUCAAAGUGAGAGACCAGACACCUACCGAGUUGCUUACAUAAUUCAUUUCUUGCUUGGUGCUGGCAACUUGCUUCCCUGGAAUGCCUUGAUCACUGCAGUGGAUUACUUUGCCUAUCUCUAUCCCACCAAACACAUAGAAAGGGUUUUCUCUGUGGCUUACAUGAUUUCAUCUGUGAUGGUGCUUCUUGGGAUGAUCAGUUGGGGAGGUUGGAGCAAAACAACGUUGAGGUUGAGAAUGAACUUGGGGUUCUCCAUGUUUGUUAUGUCUCUUAUGGUAGCCCCAGUCAUAGACUGGACUUCAAGCAGCACCAAGCUCAAUGAGAGACCGAGUGGUGCCUAUGGUCUGACAGUUGCAGCAGUGGUGAUAUGUGGCUUAGCAGAUGGCUUGGUAGGUGGAAGCUUGAUAGGGUCAGCCGGGAAGCUCCCAAAACAGUAUAUGCAAGCAGUUUUUGCUGGAACUGCUUCUUCAGGUAUUAUAAUUUCAAUCUUGAGGAUAAUAACCAAGGCAUCACUUCCACAAACCCCCAAGGGUCUCAAAAUAAGUGCUCACUUGUACUUCAUGGUUGCGACCAUUUUCCUCCUAUGUUGUAUUGUGUUUAGCAACUUGCAGCACAAGUUACCAGUGAUGCAGCAGUACCAUCAGAGGAUUCAUCAGGAGAGCACCUUAUGCACAGGGACAAAAUUUUGGGCAGUGGCAGGAAAAAUCAAGGGAGCAGCGUUUGGAAUUUUCAUAAUCUACAUAGUGACUCUGUCUAUCUUCCCAGGAUUUAUUGCUGAAGAUCUUGAAUCCAAGCUUCUGAGGGAUUGGUAUCCUAUUUUACUGAUAACAGUUUAUAAUUUAGCUGAUCUAAUGGGGAAGUCAUUAACUGCCUUCUAUGUUAUGCAAUCCAUGACAAGGGCAAUAUGGGCUGCCACAUCUAGGCUACUAUUCUAUCCACUCUUUGUAAUUUGCCUUCAUGGACCAAAGUGGCUGAAAACAGAAGUACCUAUGGUGGUUCUGACUUUUCUGCUAGGAUUUAGCAAUGGCUACCUCACUAGUGUCCUUAUGAUUCUAACACCCAAGUCAGUGCCCUUGUCAGAAUCAGAGUUAUCUGCUAUUGUGAUGACAGGGUUCCUCGGGUUUGGCUUAGUUGGUGGUUCAGUUCUUGGCUGGUUCUGGAUCAUAUGA